AUGGGAAACACCGUUCCGUAUAACUGCUACGAGCGCUGGGGGAAAAGAAGCCCAGAUGGGCCCCUCUUAAAUUAUGAUCCGAGGACGCCAAACAACGGAGCGCUAGCAACCUUGCUCGAAAACUUUAACUACGAAUCGAACGGAGAGACAUAUAACGGAAGUGGGAAAAAGGGCCACGCAUCAAACCAGGGUUACCAAGGAGGGGGAAACCCCAACAGCAACGUAAACAUGAAUAAUAGAGGCUACAACAAUAAUGCGAACUAUAACAACACAAACCCAAAGGUAGUAAGAAAUGCGAGGAGGAGACCCACGUAUUCACCAACGGCAAGGAAAAUAAAACUGGAAACGGAGGAAGAGGAAGAAGAGGAUAAAUUAUCAACAGACAAUUCAGAUGAGAACAUUUCAGCCAAAGAUAUAAAAGAGGAAAAAAUAAAACAGUACAGAAAAACGUUAACAAAAGUUGUAAAAAUAAAGACAGCAAUUUUUCACGAAACUGUUAAAGUUACUUGUUCAAAGGAUGGAAAAAUGCUGGAGUGGUAUAAGGGAAAGGCAGAAGGAGAUGAGAAGAAAAAACCUAUUGGAUCAUUUUCUGUGAAUAAAAUAACUUCAGUACGAACCAAAGUAGACAACCUCAAGUCGCUAGAAAUAGCAGUGAGUAGCGUUAAUAUAAGUACCUAUUUGUUUAUUUUCAAAACCCGAGAAGAGAGGGAAAGUUGGCAGAAUAACUUAGAGUCGUUUAGGAAAAUUAUGAGCAUGAAGUAG